CUGUAGAGCAGUUCACUGGAGAAGGGAACAGCGAUAAAACCAGACGGACAUCGGCAACAAUGCCUAACGCCUUUGCUUUACUGAAGGCCAUCGGCCUUGUUUGUUUUGCAACGAUACAGACAUCUAUCUACUUUGUUCUUUCGUUAAUUUCUCCGAAUUUAACAAGAAAACUCAUUCUAAAGGUUAGCGAGAGGACAACAAUGCCCCAGAAUCCUAAAUUUAAGUACGAAGACUGGGGGCCAACAUUCUUCAGCUUGACAUUCAUCAAAACUGUCGCAAAGCAUGCCUGGAUUAAUCUUGGAGAAGAGGCAUAUGUUGGACAUACGGCUCCUGAUUCAACAGUAAUCACGAUGGAUAAACAGAGAACAACAAUCCUGAAGUUUCUUAGAGACAACAGACCGCUGGUGAUUAGUUUUGGAAGUUGCACAUGACCCCCGUUUCUGUUCAAACUUGGUGAGUUCAAACAGCUCGUCAAGGACUUCAGCGACGUAGCCGAUUUUCUCGUAAUCUACAUUGCAGAAGCACACUCAACAGAUGGGUGGUCAUUCAAUAACAAUGUUGACCUAAAGCAGCACAAGGAUCUGGAAGAUCGGCUGGCUGCAGCACAGGUCUUGGCUAAGGAGGAUCCGCUUUGUCCUAUUGUGGUUGAUGAUAUGACUAACCAAGCCACAGCAAUUUACGCUGCAUUACCUGAGAGGCUGUAUGUAAUUCAGGGUGGCAAUGUAAUCUAUAAGGGAGGGAUGGGUCCAUUUUUUUAUGACCCCCAGGAGGUACGUGAGGUAUUGCAGAAGAUGAAGUAGGGGAUUGAGGGCGCUCUUCUGUGUAGUUUGUAAGGGAGGCAGUACAGUAUUAUUCCUACAGCAAGUCCUCAGAAGAUGAGAAGACUUCUGCAGAUUUUUUUUAUUUCAUCAGGUAAAUCCCAGAAUAAUCCCAAUAAUUUCCAGAAACAGGAUUUAAAAAGUGCUUUGUUCUUAUUUCUUCACAUUCAAGAUAGUUGUUUAGAAGAUCACUAACAUGACAGAGUGAUGUUGUAGUGCUCAGCUAAAGAUUUAAAUCCCAGUAGCUCAUUUUUUUGUUUAUGAUGACUACAGAUCAAACCCCUGGCCUCUGUAAUCAGAUGUUUAAAAACAUGAGCAGGUGAUUUAUGUGUUAAGAAGACACUUUCAACAUUCUAUAGGAGUUUAUGAACAUAAUGUUUGAUACAUCAAGUUUGCAAGUUUGUAAGAGCAAAAGCAAAACAUGCUGAAAUCUGGAUAAAUGUGCUUUUUGUUCCUGGAGAUAUUUCCGUCAUCUCAAGCAGCCUAUUCUUUUUGAAGUGCCACAUUAAUUACCCUUUGGAGGUGAUCUUUUUUGUUGCAUUCAUCUACAUAAUAUAUGUACAACUCCUCAUCUAGUUUAACUGAAUGGUGAGAAAUGUAAGAUUUGGCUGACUCAAGAAAUGAAUGGCAACUUUCCAAUAAAUCUCUGAUUAGAGAUAGUUUGCAUUGACACUGCUUUAGAAAUUAAUCAAAGACAUAAAAGGUUGCUUUUUCAAAUGAAAGAUGAAUGUUUUAAAUAUUAAUUGACAGUUUCCGAAAUAUGCAGCAUGAGUGGGUGUCUUGCACCCUCCUCCCUCCCUUAUGUGUUUCUUUGUGAACAGCCAUGUUUUGGGUGUUGUAUCUAUCCAAGUUGUGUUCAUGAUAUCACCAAAAUACAUUAUUUCCAAGUUGUAUUUGCAUUAUAUGUUAACAUCUAUAACAUUCACUAUAUCUUGAAGAACAAAUGUUUGUAAUGUUAUAAGUGAACUGCAAUGCUGAAGUUAACAUUGACUCUCCAACUUCAACUAGUGUUUCAUCAUACACAUUGUGUGUUAAUGUUCUCCCAUGAUUUUGUAUCGCUGGUAUGAUAUGUGAUGAUGACAGUGUAAACCUGUAGGUCGCUGUAAUCUGAUGGCUUCAUAGUAGAUUGUAUACAAAGUUCUGACAGCGUUGAUAUCACAAUUGUUCAGCUCUGUGUUAACUUAGGUAUUUUUUUAUUGCAUUGCAUUGUUUAAUAAACAAAUGUACCA